AUAAUUUUAUAAUUUAAAUGGCCUUCAGUGAUUUAUGUCACUUAAGUAAUGCGUACAAAACCGUCGAAAAUGAAACAGAUCAGGUAAGUGAGUGUUUUUGUAUAGUGCCAUUUUCCAAUGGGUGUUGUAAAUGUCUUGGACUGUCAAUCUGACCCGAAAUCCGGGUGAUAUUACACGAAUUAUUUGUUGGAAGUGCAUUAUUUUACAUAUGUGGACUAUUACAAGUGCUAAACAUGUUUCUAGUGAACGUUUGUUGUGAUAUUUUUCAGUGCCGUGUUCCGAUAUUUUUUUGACAUAGUGUAGGUAAUGACAUCGGGGAAUGCACAUAAUAUUUUUAGAAUUAUGUAGUUUGUACGUUAGAGGACAAAAUAACAAGUCGGAACGCAUUAUGGAAGAAAAUACGAUCGUCCGUGAUCUCAUCACAAAAAUUCUCGAUGAGACCGGACCAUCAGAAGGGUGCAGCCCUACACAACCACCGGAAAAACCAGUAAACAGUAUACAACCGAGCCCUCAAUAUCCUAAAAAUGAGGGCAACUCAUUCAUACCACCGUCAUACAACUCAUACCAGAACAACCAGCUAUUCAACUUCAACCAAUCCGACCAAAACGGAUUCAACUUCAACCUGCAAAACGGUUUCGGUAACAAUAACGGUUUUGUCAACUACGAUAAUGACGUGAGUGCAUUACUCGGGAUCGAUCCCGUUGCAGAUGCGUCGACCGAAACCGUGACACCAGAACAAUUAAACCUUCUAAGGUUAGCCGCACAAGAAAUUGGCGGUGCACAGUUCUCAACACCGAACGAGAAAUUUAACAACUACAAUUUCUUCGAACCGAACCAAAGAAACUCUUUGCCUGAAGCCAAUAUGUUCUCAGUGAACAACUUCAGCCGACCAAACAGUUUAAAUCUUGAUAUGAACUUCAAUUCCAACUUCGAAGCCCCAUUUAAUAACACACAGAGGUUUCCUAAUAAUUUCAUGAAAGACCAGAAUCAGGAGACGGAAAUAUUGACUUAUUUGAAUCAAUUGAAUAUGUCUUCUGACAGGCCUCGAGACGAAAAUGGAAUUAACAAUGUAGAUUUGAGGAUGCAAAUGGAUUUAAAUGGUCACUUUCCAAAUGAGGACUUUAGGCAAGAGGACCGAAACAAAAUGUUCUGCAAUAGAAACUUCCAGCAGAUGCCGCCAAACAGGAAUUUUGGGGAGAAUAAUUUCUACGACAUGAUGGCUCAGAUGAACGAUAGGAGUCCUAUGGGUCAAAACUUUGAUUUUUCGAACCAAUCGACGCCAGUGUCGGCAGCUAACUCGAUGAAUUUUAAUCGACCGAAUGGGUUUAACCAGAACGAUAUGAUGCAAAGACGUGAUUUGAAUCCCAUGAUGCCAAGGGACAAUUUCCAGGGGAAUGGCAAUAUGAAUGAGAGGAACAACUUUGAAAAUAUGGGUCGUGAGAAUAUGCAGCAGGCAGCUAUGAUGAGACAGAACCAGGAGUUGGCUCGUCAAAUGAGCAUUCUAAUGCGUAAUAGACCACCUCCCAGUCAGUUGAAUGUUGAUGUGUCGUUUUUGCACGAGAAUAACCCCUUUAACCUUGGUCUAGGCGCCCUAUUAGGCCCCAGUCCACCGGUCCCACCGCCAGUGUUGCCAUCGCCGAUGCUAGAUCUACCUCUUUUGGCACCCUUCUACGCAAUGAGGAAUAUGAGAAGCGCAGCAACAUCCUCAGGCAUCCUCCAUGCUCGUCUAGACGCCUGCUACGAACAAUGGCGUCAACUAGAACGAGAACGUAAGCGUACUGAAGCAAGGCUGGCCCUGGCUUAUCCUGGUAGGGCUGUGUCCUCGUCCAACUCAAUACCAGUGCCACGACUGCCACCCUGCCCCACCAGGGUAGAUCGACUCACUGUUGAUAUGCUCAGGGAGCAUACUAAGGUACUAACACUAAUGGGAAAAAUGGAAACGCUUCGCGCGAGUGUCUGCGUGGCUCAGAACAAGAAACCCAAUAAACCAGAGGAAAAUAAGAUCACAGUACUGAAGCGGGGACAGGAAGUGAAUGAGAAGGAGAAAGAGGGAGUCGGAGUCGGGGUCGAUCCUGCUACCUUCGACCCUAGCACUUGGAAGGAGGACAUUAAUCAUUUGUCAGAGAUCGCCCCCCACAGUGAGGUAGAAAGCGCGAUGUUAGCGUGGCGCAGUGCAGUGGGCGCUGUACAGGCUGCGAGACGCCGGGAACUAGCGCCUCAUCGGGCUCCGAGACCUGACCCGAUCCUGCAGCUGUCGGAGGCGGUGAAGGCGCUGAGUGAGUGUGCGCGCCGCGCGCGCUGCGCCAUGUGGUGCGACCUCACGCUCACCGUCGCACUCGCGCCGCACAACAACGACCACGUCGCCGUGGACACAGCGUCCCCAGUAUCUCCUCAGACCCCGGCAGCCAAGUCCCCCGCGGGAGCAGAGAGUACUACCACCACUACAGCUACUCCUGCUGCACCUGCCACCCAGCCUGCAGAGGAAAAACCACCCGCCGAAGCGCAACAAACAAAAACUGAAACCAAAAACGAAGCGAAACCCGCUGCAAAACAGACUGAAAACAAAGAGAAAAAUCAACAACGACGCACACAGAAUUAUAGAAAAGUGAACCAACGUAGCGACUUCUACCAGAAGAACCAAAGGUAUGAUACGAGAUUUAUGCAUAACCGACAUCCCUAUCACUACCUCGCGACCGGACCUAUCAACUAAGGCCUAGUUACAAUACGUAUUUGGCAAUAUUAAUUUUUAAAUAAUAUUUAUAAUGGUAUAAGGUUUGAAAGAAUAAACGCAAGGGUUUAAAGGUAUUGGUCUAAGACUAUGAAAGGAAAUUACUUGUUUUAGCACUACACACUACACAUGAGACGAUUUCAGAACGAAUGAAUACGGUGUGAGGCGCCAUGUUGAAUAAUAUAGGGCAAUAAUUGAAAAAAAUACUAUAUUUUUGUACCCAACGUCUAAGACCUAAAUUCUCCAGAUGUUAUUUUUCCUUGGUUCGUGGUAUUUUUUCCAUCUUUCUCGGUAACUGUACAAGUCAUGGCCGAAAAUGAAACAUCUUUUCUCACCCUGUUUUAUGCAGGAUUCAUAAUACUUUAAAAAUUUACAUUUCUAUGAAAAUUGACGCGAUUAAUCUACUUCAAAUAUAAAUUACUGUUUUUUUUUUAAUAUCCAAAAUUGGCUAAAAUCUAUUUUGAGUUUCAUUGCUUAAACCAGUAUCUGGAACAACUUGCGUUUGUUCACUUACACCUAGAAUGUAAACUAAUUCGAGGGUUUCCCGACUAGUUUCGAACUACACCGGGGCUCUUAAGAGAGUAUAAAUAUUAUUUAAACCCUAAUAUGUUAAAAAAACAUAUUGAACCUUAUUUGAAUUGACUUAAGAAAUAGAUUAUUCGAUAUUAGGAUAUAUGGAAUUGAUGUUUAUGUCGUGUUGAUGAUUCAAAUUUUUAUUAAGAAAUAUUAAUUUAUGGUCUUAAUGAUGCUAGAUUCUUGCGUGUAGUUACUUGCGCUAAAUGAAAUGAAUGCGCUAAAGUUUGCGCAACUUUAAAUUGUCCGUUAGUCUAGUAUUGACGAUGGAAAAUCAAAUUGUAUCUGAUUUUUAGCUACUUUUCACUAUAAUUUUGUGAAUUUCAAAAUAAUAAAUGUUUUAAAAUCUUCUGGUUUCUAACUGAACCAAUUUCAUAUUAAUAGUUUUACCUGACAGUCUAAAAAAGAAGUAUUCGCGAUAUACUUUGAUUUUUCGUCGCAUAAACGUGUUUUGACGUAAGAAAAUAAGCCUUAAGGAAUUUAAAUUGUAUCGAUGUGUAGAACUUGCCUUAUGAUUCAAUUUGAAAUUAUUGAAUUAAAUGAAAGAUCUGAGAAACUAAAAAAAUAAUAAAAUGCUUUACUUAUUAUUAAAUUCUCUAAACGACUGAGCGAGACAAAGCUAGAGCAAGAGAUAGAUGUAUUUCAGCUUAUUUAUAAAAAUACAAAUAAGGUUCAAUAUUAAGUGAGGAGCUUGUCCGAAGUAUGUUUAUAGCCUUAUUCUGACGUCGAGAAUCUAUUUUCCUCUUUAUAACAACUAUGUUUUUUGAAGUUAGAAACUCAUUUCUGAUUGGAAAAAAAAGGUUUUAUUUCGAUAAUAUAACAGUGUUAAUAGAUUAUGCCAUUCCUACUGCCAUAAUUAUACGCUUAAAUUCGUUACUAUAAGAUCAAAGAUACUGAUGUUUUCAAGUCAUCGAGAAUUGAGUAUAACAUAUUAGAAUUGAGCACCUAAUCUCAUGCUUCGCUCAAUUUUUUAUAAUAAAAAUAUAUUUUUACUUUCAAAACAUAAACACUGUUUUUAAUAAACAAGUUUUUAAUCAUCACACGCUCAAAUGUUCUUAUUUUAUGCUCAGUUUUUUCUUAUAAUGCUCAAUUCAUGUUGUACUGAAUUUUUGAGCUUGUAAAGUGAAAAUAGUUAAAAUAGUUCGUUGGAAUAAGGUCUAAAAUAACUUCGGACUAUCCAAUAUAUGCAUAUGCAUCAUUAAAAGCAUUUUAUCAUGAACGUUUUAAAUUCUUAAUCGCCUCACAGUAAUAAAAGUAUGAAAUUUGGUACAAAAAAAAACGUAUAUUUAAUAAUAAUUCUGCUAUAGUCAGUAUUGGAUGUUGGUAGAUGAAAAUUUUAUAAUAUAUCGGUGUUUUAGAUUUUUAAUAAUUAAAGUUUAAUAUUAUGGAUGUGCUUUUUAACCCUGCAUAGAGCGCAUAGUGCCCAUUAUCGGAAUAUGAGCUUAUAAUGUACCCAAACUCUAGACCAAUUUUCUCUUAAGCAAUUUACACAGAUUUUAAUCGAACACGAAAUUUCAUACUUCUAUUACUCGCGGCCGAGAAAGGGAUUGAUGCAAUCAUAGAUAUAUCAUAUCAAGAUACAAAUAAUGUAGGGACACGAAGUCACUUUUUACGAUUGAUUUGAAAAAAUUGCAUUUAUGUACGAUUUUAAACGCUAUUGAUGUGUAUAUUAGAACGAUUUUCGUUUAUAUAGAAACAAAAACUGCAUAUCUUUUGUACUUUCAUAGAUUUUAAACAGUUUCGGUGUCCUUUAUAGAAAUUUCGCGUUUCUAUACCUAUUUAUUACUACUCGAGAAACUGGAAGUUUAAAAAAAUGUCUAAAUAUACGCUUCAGUAUUUUAAAACCGUACACAAUCAUAAAAGGUGUACGUCGCAAAGACUAAAACAGGUAUAAUAGAGACCACACUUUAAUUAUUAUAAAGCGAAUAUAAUAAUUAUUAAUAACUACAUUAUUAUCACUCUGUGUGUAGGUUAAUAAUUGCCAGUAUCAGAUUUGCAUUAUUUAUUCAACGCGCUUAGCUGGAUGACUUUAAAAAGUAUUAUUAUGAUGAAGGCGUAUUAUUGGUCGUUUCAGUGAUACUUGCCAAAUUAUUACGGUGUGAGCGAUGUCAAAGAAAGGCGUUGUAUUUGAAAAGUGAAGUAGCAAGGUUAGACAGAUAGGUCGCUUUUCGAAUUAAAUGUUUAGACGCAUUAGAAUAGAUUAGCGCGAGUGAACGGUACGAAUUAAUUUAUUCAUUACGUUUUGAUUGGAUGAAACAAAAACAUUUCCAAUCUCUACAGUACACUUAGAAGCAGUUUCUAGUCACAUCUUUAAACAAAGUAUUUUUAUGAAUGAAUCGUUAGACAUGUUCGUAGUUCUCGCUCACACCGACCUCAAGAAUACCCUUAAAAUGUGAUGUUUCUACGUUAUAAAUAGUUGACACUAUAUUAAUAUAUCACGUUUGUGCGAAUAACAAAGGAAAUAUAUAUAAAAUGAAGUUAUGAACUAUUAGAGUGUAAGUGUACCACAUUUUAUUUAUUUAAUUGAGAAAAAGAAAAUAAAAAACAAUGAAUUUAAAUUCGAAUGAAUUUGUAUAGUUGAUAGUUAGUGCUUAUUCGGAUGUUGAGACGUACUGAAUCGUUAUAUGGGGCGGUGCAAUAAUAUCGUGUUGAAUAAAAAUGCAAUUUAUUCCUAUUACAGCUUCGGUAUUUAAAUAAUUGCUUAACAAUGUAAUGGGCGUAGAUUAUAUUUUUCGUAGACAGAUCAUUGUUGUUCCCGCCCUAAGUGUUGUAUAAGGGUGAAGCUUCAAACGACGAGUCGGCUAGUUUUCGUCAAUUCUUUAUAAAAUUUAAUUUGUACUGUAGCGUUUAACCCUUACCUCGUUGCUACGGUGCGAAUAAAGUUAUUAUUAGUAAAAUAUAUGCACCUGUGUUCUUAUAUUAAAUGUUACGGCCAAAUGAAUUGACUUGCUGAUGGGUCAGUUCGAUAAUAAUAUUAGGUUAAAUUUUUCUUUAGUCAUUUUUUGCGUGGACGUUCAGAAUCAUUGUGGGGUUAAUGUUGUGUCGUAAAAAAUCGGUAGAGCGAUUCUCAAUACAUUUAAAAUUUAACGUACAGUGCACAAACUGCGGACGCAGAACGUAACCAAAAUGAUAGGGUAAAAUGAAAUCUUCCAUCUUUAGUUUGUUAGUAUGUAAGAACAAAAUAUUAGUUAUUUAAUUAUUAUUAUUAUUUUCACAUUAUUAUUAUUUGUUUAAACGUGUAAUCGUACCGGUUUCUUUGUUUAAUUAUGACUCGUAAUAGAGUUGUGUUAAGGUUUGUUGUCCAAUAUAUCUCUGCUAAGGAACCGGUAGGUACAUAAUAGGUUUAUUUAAUCAAUUACGAUGGCUAUAGAUAUUUUAUUAGUAUUCGUUGAUUGUAGUGCCUUCCUAUAUAAAUGUGCAUGCAUUUUAAGCCCUAUGCAGUGUUGUACAAGCAUUCAAAUUAGUUGUUUGGAAAUACCGUUGAAUUUUUCAUAGUUUUUUUUUAGUUAUACCUUACUCGUGAUGCAUUUCCGUGUGCAAUAAGCUUUAUUUAUUUUUUUAUACGCACUCGUUGUGCUCAUUGGGAAGUGGGGUUGGUUUUAGUAGAAAAAUUGGAAUUGGUAGGAUUUUUGGUAGGAAAACUGACAUUGCCAUAUGAAAAAAUUAGGUGUAUAUUUUUUUGGCUUCGUGAUUAUGACCAGUUUAGCCGCCUAACUUUUGAAAGGUACAUUCGAUGUUCUGUGAGCGUUCAAGAGACCCAACCGACCCCAUACAUAGGCUUCCAAAUUGAUAUAAUAUAUUUAAAAGGAUAUUAGUACAAUCAAUUCGCACUUAGCGUUUGUAGCAUGUAGUCAAAGAUAUUCUUGUUCUCAAAUAAAAAAAUAUAUAGCACAAUAUUUAAAUGAAAUAUUUAGUUUUAUAGCUAAUUAGUAGUUAGUUAAUUUUUCGUCCUAUCGAAUGCUGACUAUAUUUGUAACUGAGAAAAGAAAAAAUAGAUUUUUUACUUCACUGUUUUUCCAAUGUUGCCAUAUAGUAACUAUUUACCUCAAUCACUGUCUUGCAAGUAGAAAAAAAUCUACUUAUGUAUUUUUUUUUCUUUUUUCUUGUGCAAAGCGAAGGUACUAAGUGUCAUUGCAGUUUUAAAAAGUUUAUUACAUGUGUUAGAUGAUUCUUUAAGCCUUGGCUACAUUGAAAUGCGAAGCUAUGAUAUGCGAAGAUAUAAAAUGAAUUUAUAUUUAAUUUAAUGAAUUGUUGUUUAUUUUCAAAUUUUUAUAUAAGAACUAGAUUGUUUUGAAAUGAAUUAUUUUGGCGUUAGAAUUAGGUUAGGUAAAUGUUUUUGAUGAAGUUUAUUGUCCAUUUUGAAAUUUGAUGCUCAAGUUUAAGUAUCUAGUUCAAAAUUGUGAACCUACGGGAACAUUAGAGGAUAUUAAACUUCGAAAAUUCUCUGUAAUAGCAUGAGAUUCUCAAGUAGUUCGAUAUUUCGCAAUUAAAAUCGCUCCUUGUAACAUUACUCGCGAAAUUUCUUGUCUGAUUGCUUCAAUCAAAUAAAGGACAGUCAGUUUACCGCUGGACAAGCUACACUGAUAAAAAUUAGCUCUAAAAUUGAGCUACAAUCAAAUUUAUUUUGUAAAUUAGGCCGCUAGUUUACUAUAUAUGUGCAAUGAAGUAAAAAUAAAUAAAUGUUUUUAACUAAA